CGGCAAUGAGAGUGAAUAUUUGGCUGCGCAAAGGCGUAAUAAACAUAAAUAAAUCGUUAAAUCACUUAUAAAUAUGGAUCUCAACAUGAAACCUUCUUUGGCUGCUGACGAAAUGUUCUCCGAAGGCCCCGGCUACAUGGAAAUGGACGAGUCCGGCGGAGCCACAGGAAUGAUGAUGGACCACCUGCCCUCCAAUGAUAAACACGUUCACGCGGACUUUUACAAUGAUUUUGAUGAUCUAUUCGACGAUGACAACUGGGCCAAGAUUAAAUCUGAAUCCAAGCAGUAGACUCACACAGGAUUGACCACAAUGUGAUCAGCGAAUUGAAAGAUCAGUAUCUGCAAUUAGUUCUUCUGUCUGUAAUUUUACUUGCACGAUCAUCGGUGUAUAAAAAUUGGUUCAACUAUUGUUUAA